CCCUGGCCAGCACUGGCCCCGUGCCCCGAGCCUGACAGGCGCUCCCAGCUGCUGCAGCAUGGAGGAGACGGUGCCCUCGGUGGAGUCCUACGAGGCUGCCAUGGUGCUGAGCGGGGUGGGGGACGCGCUGGGCUACCGGGCAGGUCGCUGGGAGUACUGCACCUCGGGCCCCCAGAUCCACGGCGAGCUGGCCCAGCUGGGGGGGCUGGCAGCCAUCAGCCUGGAGCCCCCCGAGUGGCCCGUGAGCGAUGACACCGUCCUGCACCUCGCCACCGCCGAGGGGCUGGCCACAGGUCUGGAGGGGGAGCCCCUCCUGCAGGAGCUGGCUCGCCGCUAUGUGGCCGCCAUGGGGGACAUGGAGGGACGCAAGCCCGGCCCCAGCAGCAUCCUAGGCACCUCGCAGCUGCGGCCGGGGGAGCCCGAGGGCUAUCGCAUCCCCUUCAACCCCCGCGGCACCGGCUGCGGGGCCGCCAUGCGCAGCCUGGCCAUCGGCCUCAGGUACCCGCACACCUGGGAGCUGCCGACCCUGAUCCGGGUGAGCAUCGAGAGCGGGCGCAUGACCCACCACCACCCCACUGGGUACCUCGGAGCACUGGCAGUGGCCCUCUUUGGGGCACUGGGGGCUCGGGGUGAACCCCCAGAGCGCUGGGGGGCUGAGCUGCUGCGGGUCCUGCCCCUGGCAUGGGACUACGUGAAGGGCACCGGGGUCGCCGUGGAGGACAACGCUGCUGCCUGGCCAUUCUUUGGGGAGGCGUGGCACCGGUACCUGGACUCCCGUGGGCUCCUGGAAGGCCGUGGCCCACCACGGGUUCCAUCCCUCCCCUCCCCGGCUGAGCGGGACACAGAGUACCUAGGCUGGGCACUGGAGGGGUGGCCGGGGCGCAGUGGCCACGACGCACCCAUGGUGGCCUUGGAGUCGCUGCUGGCAGCUGGCGGGAGCUGGGAAGAGCUGUGUGGCAGGGCAGUGCUGCACGGAGGGGACAGCGACUCCACGGGGACCAUCGCUGCUGGCUGCUGGGGGCUGCGCUGGGGGCUGGAGUCCAUCCCGCCGGGGCUGCACCGCCGCCUGGAGCACCGCGGGCGGCUGCGCGACACUGCGCACCGGCUGCACGCGCUGGCCUGGGGGGCACGGUGAGCGCCCCUCUGUGCCUGCCUGGCCUGGGGGGCACGGUGAGCGCCCCUCUGUGCCUGCCUGGCCUGGGGGGACAGUGAGCGCCCCUCUGUCCCUGCCUGGCCUGGGGGGCACGGUGAGCGCCCCUCUGUGCCUGCCUGGCCUGGGGGGCACGGUGAGCGCCCCUCUGUGCCUGCCUGGGGGGAACAGUGAGCGCCCCUCUGUCCCUGCCUGGCCUGGGGGGCACGGUGAGCGCCCCUCUGUGCCUGCCUGCCUGGGGGGAACAGUGAGCGCCCCUCUGUGCCUGCCUGGGGGGGACAGUGAGUGCCCCUCUGCCUGCCUGGCCUGGGGGGACAAUGAGCGCCCCUCUGUGCCUGCCUGGGGGGAACAGUGAGCGCCCCUCUGUGCCUGCCUGGCCUGGGGGGACAAUGAGCGCCCCUCUGUGCCUGCCUGGGGGUAACAGUGAGUGCCCCUCUGUCCCUGCCUGGCCUGGGGGGGACAGUGAGUGCCCCUCUGUCCCUGCCUGGCCUGGGGGGAACAAUGAGUGCCCCUCUGUGCCUGCCUGGCCUGGGGGGGACAAUGAGCGCCCCUCUGUCCCUGCUGUCACCUGCUGGCCCUCUCCCUGCAAAGCUCCCGGGGCUGCCAGGGCACAGCAGAGCCCUGCAUGGGGUCACGGAGGGGCUUGGGAGAGCCUUGGGCCCUGCAGGGUGUGCUGGGGUCCAAGGGAGACCACCCCAGUUACCCCAGGUAGAGAGCCCAGAACUGCCCAAGGAGCCUCAGCCACCCCCACAAUAAAAACAUCUCCUCCCGAAUAG